AUGUAUAUAGACACUGAAAUUGAUUGUUUGCAAAUACUGAAUAGUGAAUUAGUGCGAAGCAUAACCGACAAAGAAACAAUUAUCAGCCUGUUGAACUCAGAUAUACAAAAUAGAAAUAGACCGAGUGGUGAACGUAAACAACACUACAAUGUUGCCACGCUGACGAAUUCAUCCGGGGCUUCUGUUAUUAGUAAGCCACAAACGGAAAGUAAGAAGAAUAAUUCAUCGAUUGCUAGUGAACAAUCUAUAACUGUAGAGCAAGUAAGCGAAAGCAUUAAUCAAGGGGGAACGUCUAAACAGAACCAACAUCUGGUCCAACCGAAUGAACACAACGUUACACCGGUGGUUACACCAUGGAAAACAGUAAACCAUAGGAAGAAAAGAUCCGCAUUACUAGUAGGUACUAAUGAUAUAUCAAACUCUUCGUUGAAAGGGAUUCCCGAAAUCAUGGUGUUGCAUGUAUCUAGACUAAAUCCCAACACUACAACGGAAGAUUUGAAGUCAUUUUUGAAGCCGAAUUUUCCAGAAGUAGUCUGCGAGAAUUGGAAGUCCAGAGUUCCCGAGAUAUACGCAUCAUUUAAAGUCACCAUCUAUGACAAAAACUCACAAAAGGCCAUGGAGUCAUCUGUAUGGCCUGAGGAUGCACACGUUCAGCGGUUUUUUUUUCGAAAAGAACAUGGAAACUGUGACCUCAUGAUAAACAAAUCUGCGAUCAAUUUGGAUCAGUCGAGCGAUUAUGAGCUGCAUGAAGCAGAUUGGGGCAAGGACGAAAUCAAGAGGAUCAUCGUGUCGAUGGGCGGCCGUGUGGGCACGAAAAUCCACAGCAGAGUGAUGGCGAUCAUCUCCACAAUGGAGGAGGUCGAAAGGAUGAACAGCAGGAUGCAGGCGGCGGAAAACGAGCAGAUACACGUGGUGCCGGAGGAUUUCCUUGAGGAGCCUCAUAGCCGUUUACCCGUCGAGCCCUCGGCCAGCCACAAAUCCAAGUCGCGCAGCAUCUACACCAAAUCGGUGCCCAACAAGGUGACCUUGAAACUCAAAGGCGGCCUCGCCGUCGACCCCGAUUCCGGACUGGAACACUCUGCGCACGUGUACCAGUCUGGCGGCGACAAGUAUUCGGUGGUGUUGGGCAUCACGGAUAUUCAGACGAAGAAGAACAGCUUCUACAAGCUGCAGCUGCUCGAGGCCGAUGCGGGAAGCCGCCUCAGUGGAACGAGUGUUCAGUACCUUUGGGCUGGUACAUUCAGAUUUGAGAAAUAG